GUAGUUCACUCUAAAUUUUCCUCUGUCUUCUCCACCCAAUCAUAUCCCCUUCUCUGCUCCUGAUUCCUCAUCACUUGUUAACUCAAAGAAGUGGGUAAGCAUGCAUCUGCCUUUUCUCCACUUGGUCAUCAUCGUGCUCCUGAUUCCUUGGCCCUUCAGUUCAGUGCUUCUGUGCGCACCUGUCAGUGUGCUUGUCCCUGGCAUGAGACUCGCUCCUGACAAAACUCUCACCUCGGACCAAGGUUCGUUCGCCUUAGACUUCUUUACCCCCUCAAAUUCAACUGAAAAUACAUAUGUUGGCAUAUGGUUCAACGAUAUCCCAUUGCGCACCAUCGUCUGGGUUGCCAACCGCGAUAAUCCGAUCACUGAUGCUUCAUCCGCGAUGCUUACUAUGACCGGCAACUCUAGCCUUAUGUUGUCUGAAAACAAUGGCCACCACAUACUUUGGAUGGCAAACACAAUCACUGGCAGCAACUCUUCGGCCAAACUUCUCAACAAUGGCAAUCUUGUAGUCCUAUCAUCAGACAGUGACAUGUUAUGGCAGAGUUUCGAGAAUCCAAGCGACACCAUCCUUGCUGGCAUGCCUAUGCAGGCGACCCACAAGACACACCCACCAUGGCGGAUCAUCUCUUGGAAGGGCCCUGAAGACCCGUCAAAAGGCAGGUUCUCUGUUGGGAAUGACCUUGACACUCCCCUACAGUCCUUCAUCUGGAAUGGGUCAGUGCCAUACUUCCGUGCUGCUGUGAGGAACGGCUAUGUAUCCUCCAACGGGGGCCUCCAGGCAGUUAGUCCACUCAUGUAUUUGACGAUUUACAUGGGCACCAAUGGCGAGACCUAUUCAACAUUUGGACUAUCAGAUGGCUCCUCCAGGAUAUUUUACAAGGUUGACUACUCUGGAAAGACCACGAUAUGGAGAUGGAAUACCAGCUUAACAGAUUGGACCCUCAUUACAUCGUGGCCAGCUUACCGGUGCAAUCUCUAUGGAUACUGUGGUGCAUAUGGCUACUACGACAACACACAGGGAAUUCCUACAUGCAAGUGCCUUGCUGGAUUUGACCCUAGUAACAAAACAGAGUGGGUUGGAGGCAUUUUUUCUCAUGGUUGCCGGCGAAAGGAGGAACUGCAGUGUGGUGGACAGGACAAUUUCCUGACCUUGCCAGCAAUGAAGGUGCCAGACAAGUUUGUACGCCCGUGGAACAAAAGCUAUGAUGACUGCAAAGUGGAGUGCAGCAAAAAUUGCUCAUCUGUAGCAUAUGCUUAUGCUAAUCUAAGCACCACCUACAUUGAUGGGGAUGCAACAAGGUGCCUGAUGUGGACCGGGGAGCUGAUUGACGUGGGGAAGGGUGCCAUUGGCAAUGAGAACCUAUAUCUCCGGCUUGCUGCCUUGUCAAGAAAAGGGCAAAAGAGCAUCGUAAUAAAAGUUAUACCAGGAAUUUCAGCAAGUGUGUUGCUGAUACUUCUAUUGGCAUGCCUUGUAUGGUCCUGCAAGUUUAAAGGAAAACAUGACAAGAAAGGAAGACCAAAGAGACUGAUAAUGGGGGAUUUGCGCAGUAGUGAUGGACUCGGAGAGGAAACUCAUGAACUUCCAUUUAUUAGCUUUGAGGAAAUAGUUGCUGCAACAAACAACUUCUCUAUGUCCAAUUUGCUAGGAGAAGGCGGCUUUGGUAAAGUUUACAAGGGGCUCUUCCAUGGCAACAAAGAAGUUGCUGUUAAAAGGCUCAGUAGAGGUUCUGGGCAGGGGGCAAUAGAGUUUAGGAAUGAAGUAGUCGUGAUUGCUAAACUGCAACACAAAAACCUUGUAAGGCUUGUCUGUUAUUGUGUGCAGGGCGAUGAAAAGCUACUUAUUUAUGAGUAUCUGCCAAACAGAAGCCUGGAUACCACUCUUCCUUUUCAAUUCUGAAAAGAAGCCAAUGCUUCACUGGCCAACACGAUUCAAUAUAAUCAAAGGAGUAGCUAGAGGACUACUCUAUCUACAUCAAGACUCAAGACUGAUGAUAAUUCAUAGGGAUCUGAAAACAAGCAACAUUUUGCUAGAUGGGAAUAUGAAUCCCUAGAUAUCUGAUUUUGGCAUGGCAAGAAUCUUUGGUGGAGAUGAGCAACAAGCAAACACUAACCGAGUUGUCGGAACAUAGUAAGUACUAUCUUGCGUGUAGUUGUUAAUUAAAGUCAUACAUAGUUAAACUCAACUCGAAACGUACAAGUCGGGCUGAUGAUGUGAUUUAUCCAUCGGUUAUAUGUCUCCGGAAUAUGCAAUGGAAGGCCUCUUUUCUGUUAAGUCUGAUGUUUAUAAAUUUGGAGU